AUGUGCACACGACCAAGAGCGGACUUCGUCGUCCUCCCCCUGCUGGCCACCGGCUUCGCAACCUACCAGAUCGACCGGACCAACAUCGCCAGCGCCCUGACAGGAGGCUUCGCAUCGGACAUCUCCGUGGACCAGAACACGAUCAACCUGGGCAACCAGAUCCUCUUUCUGGGCGUCAUCCUCCUCGAAAUACCCUCCAACAUGGCUCUGCAACGGAUCGGCCCCCGGCGCUGGAUCAGCGCGCAGGUCUUGCUCUUCGGCGUGCUCGCCGCCUUGCAGAUCUUCAUCCGUGACCGCACAGGCUUUCUCGUCACAAGAGCCGUGCUCGGCCUCGCGGAGGCCGGGUACAUUCCCGCGGCGAUGUACACGCUGUCGACCUGGUACACGAAAGAGCAGCUGACGAAACGGAUCGCGAUCUUCUUCUUCGGGAUGUUCGGCGGUGCGGCGAUCUCGCCGCUUCUAGGCGCGGCGUUGCUGAAGCUGGAUGGCCGGGGUGGAUUAGCUGGGUGGAAGUGGAUAUUCUUGGUAGAAGGACUCUGGUCCAUCAUCAUGGCCCUGCUCCUCUUCACGGCCCUGCCUGACCAACAGCCCCAACCACCACCAAGCUCCUCAACCAGCAGCGACAGCAUCAGCACCAGCCUCACCUCCACAACCGCACACAAACACCCCCAAAUCUAUCCCAAUCCAACAGCUUCAACCCAACACAUCCCCUGGCACACCGUCUGGAAAACAAUCACCAACACCUCGAGAUGGCCCCACUUCCUCGCGACCGCCAGCGUCUUCGCCACCUGGAGCCCCCUAACAACAUACACGCCCAGCAUAAUAAUGGCGCAGGGCUUCUCACGCAUCCACGCGAACAUGAUCACCGCCCUCGGCACCCUCCUCACUCUCCCACUCAUCCUCUUCUUCGCCUGGCUAAGCGACAAGACCCAGCGACGCGGCUACACCGUCCUGCUCGCGAUAUCCAGCUACCUCGUUGUACUCAUCGUCCUCCGGACGGUACAACCCCAUGUCGGGAAAUGGGGACAUGUCGGCCUGUGGACGGCUGUGAAUGCCUUCGCGGUGGGGUAUCAUCCUGUGCAUAAUGCGUGGAUUCAGGUUACUUUUGUUAUGUCGGCCACGGCGGGCUUGAUGGCUGGGAGCCAGAUCUUUCGUCAAGAUGAGGCUGCUGAGUUUUAUCCGAGGGGCGUAUUGAUUAUGAUUGCUCUGGUGGUCGCGGGGCUGCUUCUGGUUGCGCUGCAGAUGUGCAUCUAUCGGUUUUCCAUGAAGGGAAGAGAUUGUGGCUCGGUGGGGAAUGCGCAGGGUGAGACUGCGUGUUGA